AUGACGUACGGGACGCGUAUGCCGACGUGGAAGGAGAGAGAGAACAACAAGAGAAGAGAGAGAAGGCGAAGAGCCAUAGCGGCGAAGAUCUUCGCCGGUCUGAGAAUGUACGGGAACUACAAGCUCCCCAAGCACUGCGACAAUAAUGAGGUCCUCAAAGCUCUCUGCGACGAGGCCGGUUGGACCGUCGAACCGGACGGCACCACUUACCGCAAGGGAUGCAAGCCUGCUGAAUGCAUGGACGUGGUGGGUGGAUCAACACUAGCUAGCCCUUGCUCGUCUUGCCACCCAAGUACUUGUGCUUCCUACAAUCCAAGCCCAGGCUCUUCUUCCUUCCCAAGCCCGGCAUCGUCUUCCUAUGCUGCUAAUCAGAAUGCCGAUGGCAGGUCCCUUAUCCCAUGGCUCAAAAACCUCUCAUCUGGAUCCUCUUCAGCCUCCUCUUCUAAACUACCGAAUCUCCACAUCCAUGGUGGCUCUAUCAGUGCUCCUGUUACCCCUCCAUUAAGCUCCCCAACUGCCAGAACACCCCGAAUGAAAACUGACUGGGAUGACCAGUCUGCUCGCCCAGGGUGGGGCGGGCAGCAAUACCCCUUCCUGCCAUCUUCUACUCCACCAAGCCCUGGACGGCAGAUUGUUCCUGAUCCAGAAUGGUUUGCUGGGCUUCGGAUCCCCCAUGGACCAACUUCUCCAACAUUUAGCCUUGUCGCUUUGAACCCAUUUGGGUUUAAGGAUGAGGCUUUAGCUGGUGGUGGAUCUCGCAUGUGGACUCCGGGGCAAAGCGGGACAUGCUCUCCUGCCAUUGCAGCCGGCUCUGAUCACACUGCAGACAUUCCAAUGUCCGAGGUGAUUUCUGAUGAGUUUGCAUUUGGAUGCAACACAGCAGGGCUGGUUAAGCCAUGGGAAGGAGAGAGGAUUCACGAAGAGUGUGGAUCAGAUGAUCUGGAGCUCACUCUUGGGAGCUCAAGAACCAGGUCUGUUGGUCUGUACAUUUGA